UUUACUCCUUUCCUUCUUCUCUUCUGUAACCACCUUCUUCGACAACCAAGGACGAUUGACUACCUUUCGCACUCGCCAUGCCUCCCAAGUUCGAUCCCAAUGAGGUUAAGAUCAUCCACCUCCGUGUGACUGGUGGUGAGGUCGGCGCUCAGUCCGCUCUGGCCCCCAAGAUCGGUCCCCUCGGUCUGUCUCCCAAGAAGAUUGGUGAAGAUAUCGCCAAGAACACUGGCGACUGGAAGGGUCUCCGCGUCACCGUCCGCCUGACCAUCCAGAACCGUCAGGCCGCCGUCUCCGUUGUUCCCUCCGCCUCUUCCCUUGUCAUCAAGGCCCUCAAGGAGCCUCCCCGUGACCGCAAGAAGGAGAAGAACAUCAAGCACUCCAAGUCCAUCCCCAUGGAUGAGAUCAUCGAGAUUGCCCGCAUCAUGCGCACUCGCUCGAUGGCCAAGGAGCUCCGUGGUGGUGUUCUUGAGAUUCUCGGAACUGCCUUCUCCGUCGGCUGCCAGGUCGAUGGCCGCAGCCCCAAGGAUGUCUCCGAUGACGUUAAGUCUGGCGAGAUUGACAUUCCCGAGGAAUAAAUUAUUCUCUCUUGAAUGAUCAAAAAAAGAGGAGGCCUAUCUGAUUUCUAAGGCGUGCUUCUCUUAAUGAUGAGAUGGCUAGUUGCAGAAUACGAAUGGUUUCUCAAACCAACAAAAUAUUCAUGAGUCAUGACCUAUGAUACCUUUUCCUAAUUUGCGAGUGUCCAGUUGGAACAAAUUGACCAGCUCGCUGCUUGUUCUUUUUUU